AUGGGGAAACAGGCGCCGAAGAUGUCGGCCAGGGUGGUCAACGCCAUCAGAAAUCUGCGAGAAGCGCAUGGCUCCACGUCGAAGGAGAUUAUGAAUUACAUCAUGUCGCAGUGCAACGUGCCCGAGACGACCGUGCAAAGACAGGUAUUUCUCAAGAAAUACAAAUUUCCUGAAACGUUAUAUGCAGUUUGUUAGCACGUUGGCUGCCAUGUUUAUGCAAAUUCGCAUUUUUAUUAGUCCGACCGAACGAGUGGAAUUUAAAAACAGAUGGAAAUUUAUUUCAGACGUCAAGUAUUACAACGGCCGUUUUAUAUAUUCUUACAUUUUCCGGUGCAUUUGCUACAUUUUUAUAUCUUUAA